CCACCGUCGGGGAGUCGGGGCAUCUGCAGCUUGUUGCCCUCCAAGAGGCAACAACAGUAAACCAGAGAUCAGCUCCCCUUACAGCUGUCUGUAAAUUUAGACUGUCAGAACCAGACACUGGAGGAGACAUGGAGCCCAGACUUUGCCUUGGAAGCUGCACUAGAUGUGGGGAAGCCGUGUUCGCUGCUGGAGGAGCCUGCAAGGCCAUGGGACAUUUAUUCCACAACACAUGCUUCACCUGCAGCGUCUGCAACAAACAGCUCACAGGACAGCCGUUUUUCACCGUGUCAGGACACAUCUACUGUGAGGAGGAUUUUUUGUUCUCUGGAGUUCACCCAUCUGAAGAAACCUGUUACAGUUGCGGAAGUUCAAUCACAGAUUUGGUUCUGCAGGCCCGGGGGAAACCAUACCACCCGACCUGUUUUCGCUGUGUGGUCUGCAGACAGGAGCUGCAGGGUCAGGCCUUCGCUGUGGACUCAGACUGCAGGGUUUACUGUGUCACCGACUAUCACAGGGUCCAGUCUCCCCGCUGUGGUGCCUGCAGGAUGCCGAUACUGCCUACAGAGGGAUCUGCAGAGUCAAUUCGAGUGGCAUCAUGUAACAAGUACUAUCAUGUAGAGUGCUACAGCGGUGAGGUCAGCCUUAUUUAAUGGAGAUGAGGGAAUUAUUGUGAUAUUUUAUACAACGUAUCAUUCAAAUAAAAUCUUUGGUUUUCUGAUUUCUCACUUUCCCAGUCAUUUAUUUCUGUUAUAUAGCAGAAAAUAUGAAUUCAAAUUCAUGUUUUUCAUGAGUCCACUUUGCAAAUUUAAAUUAGCCGGAGCCAGCCCAAUGCAUAAGCAAACUGGGUUCCUUGUUUGUUUCAAAUGUUAGUAAAUAGCACAUUUAAAACCAUUUUAAAUCAGCAACUAUUUGGUUGAUAGCAUGAACCAGAUGAAAAUAUUAUGUCACUUUACUUGUUAUGUAAAAUCUGUAUAUGAUCAGAUUUGCGGUUACCAGAUGCUGAUUUACAGAUUUCUAGAUUUGUUUGUAAGAUGUAAUUAGUUUGAUAUAUGUUAAUGAUGUCAUGAUUUACUGUUUCUGGUUGUUUGUUUCUGCUACAUGAGUUAGAUUUUCUUCACUCAAGUAGUGAAGUUUGGGUUGAAUUCAUUUUGUUUCAGUUGAAGAAAACAUUUUUUUUUUAAUGUUUUCCACUUAGGCAAGUUAAAGUAAAUAACUUAGAUGCCCCACAUUUAUUUCACUGAUAAACUAACUCAACAAAACGUUUGAACGUAGAAAAACAUUUUUGUCCUAUUUGGAACCCCAUACACAACUCAGCACAUCACAAGUUUUUAAUAACUUGUAAUAACAUUU